AAAUGGUACAAAAUUAGGGUGUUAACUUACGUAUUGUAUAAUUUAAAGCCAUUCCCUAAAAUUUUGUAGAGGGAGUAAAAAGAUACAUGCGUAGAAUAUAACGUGUUCCUGGUAGUAUUUAAUGAUACAUAGCUCUACAAUUAAAUCACUAGUCUCUUCAGUUUCAGUAGGUAUCACUUACUCUCAAGGAAAAGAAAAUCAAAGAUGACUUACCUGAUUUUAUUCUCUUUAAUGUGUGUUUUGGUUGUAGUUAACAGUUACACUGCAAGGAAGAAUGUUCCUAACGUUAAUGGUAAAUGUGACAUUAACGGGGUGUUAGUAAAAUCUGGGGAUACUUACUAUGAAGAGGAUGCAUGUGAAGCAUGGAUAUGCAGUGCAUCAUCAAGUCCUACAGCAUAUAAAAUGUUAGAUGAUGGAUCUGUUCAGCCUGUUUACAACAAAAAGGCACAAGUCGAAAUAUUAGGAUGUGGUGUAGCUACAGUAGAAAAGAAUGGAAAAACAUGUCACGUUGAAAAAACUACAGGGAUAUAUCCUGAAUGUUGCAACGGGCCAGAAGUUUGUCCUUAAGAAAUUAUAUUUUGUAAUGAUUUUUUUUAAGAAUAAAUUCUUUAUUGAAGUAAA